AUGUCAAGGAGACUCUCCCGACCUCCAACUCCUAUGCCUGUGACAAGCAGACUUGGAUUUCCUCUUAAGAUAGUUGAAAUGGUAACCGAUGAUGAAAUCGAGCCGCAGGCCAAUUCAGAGGAGCUGGAUGAGGUCGCUGUUAUGCCUGAUUCCUCGGCAUCAGGAGACCAAGAGUCCACGCUGACUGCAGCAACGCCGCCACGCGGAGAUAACUAUGACAUGAAUGCAGAGGAUGAUACAGAGAACGAAAAGAUUAAGGAAAUUGAGCUUGCAGUCAACAUAAUAACAGCCCCGCCCUGUAGCGAUUCAUUUGGUGCGCACCAAAUGCCCUCCAAUGCAAAUGUCAACCCUGCUGAGGAAGUCAGUAUGAUCUCGAGGAACAUCCCUCUACCUUCCUCCAAAAAUGAGUGCGAAACGUCACCAGAGCAGACGAUCAGCGGUCCUCGUUUCAUGUCCAAGCUCAGGACACCUGCUCCAAGCGAAAUCAGCGCCACUACCCCAACCACGCCCACCUGGCGCUCAUCCGCGCCCAGAAUUCCCUGGUCGUCUGUAAGCACCUCUCAUCGCCGCAGCCUUUUGACGCCCAUGGGUUCAAGAAUUCCUCGAUACCGUCACUCGGAUCCGGACAGGAACAUCGCCGAUAGUGUGCUUCAACCACCCAGUCUCCGCUUUGUUACGUCUCGGUCUUACUCUUCAUAUCCCAGCCGCGUGAUGACACCUCCCUCUAUUUCAGCAACGGGUUUUCCAGAUGCAGAUGAUGAAAAGGAGCCUGUUCAGGAUGAGGCGAUUGAUGGCGAUCAGCUUCACAAAGAGGAUACGCCUCAUCCGGACACAAGCGAUUAUCAGAAGCAGGGGCAUCUGUCCUUGAGAAGAGAGGCAUUGCUUGAGCCGUUGAGAUCGCCAAGAAGUGCUCGAAUUGCGCCUUACUAUGUCCCGCGACGUCUACUUAAGAGUCCUACGGAUAUUGUCCGAUCUCCGUGCUCAGAGAUCCUGCGUCAUGGUUCCAUGAAACUCGCAAUGUAUCUCAGAUCUUCUGCGCGUCCCCCGCCACUUCCAGGAUUCGAUAGGGUUGCUGGCGCCUAUGACGUGGAUAAAUACCGAAAACGAGAAUAA